AUGGUCGCGGUGUUGGACCCGUCUCGGGGAUUCCGCACUGGAGAGUGCCAAGUGGCUUUCGACGAUCUCCGGCCCGUGCACCAGGAAUGGCGGGCAGGCGCGAGGUUAGUCAUCGGCGGCCUGCAGAGUAGCAAGAUGAGGCAUUUGAACGGCCGCACCGUGCACGUUUGCGAGCACCGACGUUACGGCCACCCUUGCUUCGUGCAGCCAUCGGCUUCGCAGGUGACUAAGAAGGACAAGCUGACCUUGUGCGUUCGGCUCGAGGAUCCCAUCCCUGACCACGCAUCUGCAUUGCUGCUGGAGCCCAGAUUCCUUUCGCCGUACAUUCCAAAGCAAGAACGGGCACCAACGGUGCCCAAGCUCUGCCUCCCUUCGCAGAAGGAGUCGACCGGCACUUUGCUGAGCUCUGGCCGUAGCAGAGGUGAGAUGGAUGCCAAAGUCAAAACUUUUCCUGACUCGCGGGUUUGGGGCGAGGAGACUCGGGUAUCCAGGGCGAGAGCCACCGAGCCGCCCUCCUCCUGCUCUGGCGGGUUUCUGGGAGUGCUGUCCUGGCUGGUCGAGGCGCAGAAGUCCCCCGAGGAGGAGCAUCCCACUGUGUGCAAGUCCACGUCCAUCAUCAAUGUUGAAGAGGAGUCGCCCAAGCACAGCCAUCGGGGCGGGUUGCUUCCCAUUCCCGAGAUGACUCCCGGGGAUGAGGGGCGGAUGGGCGAAGACCUCUGCGGCGGCCAGACGCCUGAGCAGGGCGAUCUGGUCAUUUUGGGCCGUGGCGUCAGCCAACAGUAUCAGCUUUGCUCUGCGGUGGUCAAGGAAGUCCAUGCCGAUUUCUGCAGCGUGGCUGUGCUGGACGACUCGCGUAGCUACUCCGUGGGCGAGUGUAUCGCCAAGUUCCGCGAGGUCAUCCCAGUGCAUCAGGACUGGCGCGUCGGAACCCGACUUGUUGUGGGUGGACUGCAAAGCAGCCACAUGAGGCACUUGAACGGGCUUUAUGCCCGCGUUUGCCCUCACAAGCGAUUUGGCCACCCCUGCUUGAUUCAGAAGCCCUCCGCCGCCAACGGUUCCCUCUGGCUGACGCUGUGCCUUCGCUUUGAGGCAGCACGCGCAGCAGAGCCUUCUAUGAAAUGA